CAGCAUGUAUGUCUGUUUCAUGUUUCUGUCGCUAUCAUCGCACGCACAUGCAUUUAUGCAAAUGAGCACGUGCUUGUGGUUGCAUCCCAGAUGCGGGCAUGGCAUGGCACAAACGGCACGCCGUUCGUUGCGUUUGAAUGAAUGAUGCGACUAUGAUGGGAAGGAAAGAGGACUUCCUCGACGGAGAUGCUCAGGUUGUUGUCGUCCUCUCGAUUAACGAGCAGCAGGAGGAGGACUUUGACAGUUGUCGAGAGUGGUCACACGUGGUGGUUUAUUGCACCGUUAGAGGGCCUAAAAAUGUGUGCCCAGUAUGUUUAUAAAGUCGGCCCUUGAAGUUAUUUAUUUAUUUAUUACGGGGACGCACGUGAUCGUACGGCGGCCGGAGCCACGAAGGAGUCCCCCAAGAGGAAGGAGCAGAGCUGGAGGAAGGUGCAGGAGGUACGCGCAGACGAGGAAAACCGAUAAUCGUAAGAGGUACACCAGUCAGAGGGAGAGCGACGAAGACGGAACGAGACGAUACGACGGUGCGACGAAGACGGAACGAGACGGACGAGAGAAGAAGCAGCAACAAUAAUAAUAAUAGUUAUUAUCGUGGUGGUCAGGAGGAGUGAGAGAGACAGAGAGAGAGCCGUGCGAGGGGGUUGCCCGAAAUUCGCCCCUAUGGACGGUACAAGGAUCGUCCUGCCGGACCCGAGCCCCACGUCGCAUGGACCCCACACUAUAUUCCACAAUAGACCUGCAGGAAAAUAAGGAAUUUUCAAUUGGAAUAGAUGCACUGCAUACGAGGAGGGUCUGGAUGUUAAUUCGAAGAGACUCUAAUUAUGCAAAGCCUGGAGGCGGCAUGUGAGGAGGGUGAAGCUAGCACAUCGUCAUCCUGCCAAUGUGAUCAAAAAAAUAGUGCUGUUAAUUUAAAAAUGAAUAUGGUGUGCACACACUCGCGAUCGUUUAAAAAGGCAAAAACCGCUCGUACUACCUCCCUGCCACUGCAGCCCAGCCAGGACUCUGUGCCAACGUCGAAUAUUCCUCCACCGAAGCCUCAAUUUUGUAUACACACAAAGCUGUUAGAGUUACAUUUAGAAGAGUGUGCCAAUGACCCAAAUGCACUGAAAACUGGAUUGAAACGGAAUUCGCAUCUAUUGGAAAAGCUGGUAGCGAGAGAAAGACUGAAUACAUUAGUUCUAAACUUAUAUCCAGGUAAUAAAGGUUACUCGCUGUCGUUUCCGAUCGGACCGAACAUACAGCUGAGCGCGGAGAUGUGCAGCGGGGAGCCGGACACUGCCGACACGAUACAAACAAAACUAUGGCCUUAUGAAGAUGAGGAGCUGCUCAGGUACAUUGACAAUGAGGAACUGCCGGUGUUCUUCAUCGACCUUCUGCUGCCGAACUACGGCUUCCUCUUUUACAAUGGCUGCAUCAUUGCGGAAGUGCGUGACUAUCGGCAGGCGUAUCCCGCCUGCAAAUGUGAUAUACACCACGUGCUUCUUAAACCGACACUCCAGAGCAUAUAUGCUGAUAUUAACGAGAUUACUGACGAUAAAGUGGAAUGGGGCGCGGAAGAGAAGCUGCAGCUGGAGAGUCAAAUUCUUCUAGCGAGAAACCCGCAACUCUGUUUGGACCCGAAGAGCACGAUAGCGUACGCAGCGACCAAGUUCAAUCACAAUAAGCAACUGUUGAACACGAAGCCACUGCGACGGGCGGCAAAGAGAUACUCGCAGGUUGUGGUGAACAGGAAGAAGAGGCUUGUGCCGCACACACACAGGCCCGGCCUCGAACUGUACGACUUCCUGACGAGGACGCGCGGCAGGCUGAAACCGCCGAAGGCGAGAAAGCUGUUGCAGCACGAAGAGAUCCGUCCCGCCCCGGUGCCGUCACUGGAACUGCCCCCUCUGAAUCCGCCCACGCAGGGCGUUCACAUCCCCGCCGAUCGACUGGCCAUGGAACAGAAGCCCUUUGACGAGAAUAAUGUCGUCAGCGAUUGCUCGCCUAGGUUGGACGAGGUGUUCACCAUAGAGCAGGACAACUACACGAAAGAGAAGGAUAAGCAGAUUCGUCGGAUAUAUGUGAUAAAGAUUUCGAUUCUGCAGCGGCCUUCUAACGAGGAAUAUCUGGGCGAACUGUACGUGGACCCCGAUUACAAAGAGGGAGAGCGGAACGGCGUGGCGUGCACCUUCCCGCUGGGCACGCGCGUCCACGUCGAGAGAUACCUGCAGCAGAUCUUGGAAAUUAUCACCGAAGGUGGUAGGAAAAUCGUGCGCGUGCAUUACGUGAAGAUGGGGAAUCAACAGAAUUCGCACGUGUGCUGCACUGCGUAUCCGUGGGAAUCGAUCCGAGGUCUUCCCAUACCGUUCUACAGUCCCACGCUGAAUGGUACCGUUAACUCCGUGAGCAUGCUGCAUCAGCAACAUCAUCAACAGCAGCAACAACAACAACACCACCACCCACAGCAACAGCAACCACACCAAAGCACGCAUCAUCAUGUGAACAUGCAAAACUCUUCGGUUCCUCUUCUGCAAGCACAAUUGCAAUCGAACAACGCUCAAGUGAAGACAGCGGCGCAAACUCAAAACGAAGAAAUAAAUGCGCUAGCUACAAUUCUCAUGAAUUCUUCACAGCAAUUCCAGGCGGCGGCUGCCAAACAACAGCAGGCUAAGUUGGCUGCGGCGCAGGCGGCGGCAGCGGCGGCGGCGGCUGCUGCAGCGAAUAAUAGUAACAAUGCUGCGAUCAUAAACCUGUUGAAUAGUUCGCCGGCGAGCAGUGUGAACAGUGAGGCGAGUGCGGUUGUUGUGAACGCCAUAAACAAUAUGCUGCCGCAGCACGUGCAGACUAUCAACCAGAAACUGCUUGGCAGGAAGAUUACGUUGUCGAAUGUACCGAACGCGCGAGUGAUAAACCAUGGGAAUCUUAUUGCAGUGAACAACAAUAGCAGGGUGAGCCUGUCGGAACUGAAUGCGCUUCAGCAGCAGCAGCAGUCGUCGCAGCAGCAACAACAACAACCUCAGACAAUCACCUUGACGACAGCAAACAACGCCAACUUUGCGCAUGCCAUCUACUCGACGGUGCCGGUGAAGCAGCAGCAGCAGCAACAGGUGGGCGGUGGGCGUGUCAUAGGGGACGGCGGCAAAUCGGCUCUGUCCGCGUUGCUGGUUGGGACUCCUGCCGCCGAUCGACCGGACAUCAUUGGGCCAAACACGAAUUCUCUGCUGCUGGAGAAGCUGGCGGGUGCUAGCGCGAGCCCCAACCACGCCCAGAGCCCGCCCCAAUUUAUCUCCGGUUUGCAGAACGUGCAGGUGCAACUGCCCGGCUUCUCGCAACCUAUCUCUCUAUCCCUGAACGUCUCCUCUACGGGCAACAUGGCCGGUCAUCAUCCCACAAGUCUUCUGGUCUCUGUGCCGGUGACAACAAGUACCUCCACGUUGACGACGGCCAGUCAACAGCCGCAGCCCAACAACGUUGCUUCCGCCUGCUCCUCGCUCACGCCCACCGUAGUCUUUGGAUCCGGUAACAUAGCUCAAUUAGUUUCGUCGGGCGUGAAGGGUCUCACGCAACAGGGGAUCCGAAGCGUGUCGGCGUCCGGGGGCGGCGCAUCGGUUGGAUCGUCGGCAGCGGCGGGCGUGGCCAUCGCACAGGGCGCUCAGUCUUUCCAGAUAAAGGCGGCGCCCGUGCAACGGCCUCGAGUGCAGCAGCAGGCCGCGGCUGGCGGCGGCGGCGGCGUCGUCCAACAGAACAUCGCCGCCGCCAGAACGAUCCAACGGACGCCGAUCACGAUAAAGAUGGCUGCCGCACCGCAGCCCACCCAAUUCACCGAUCUUCAAUUGCACUUCGACAGGACAUGAUGUCUGCAUGAGUACGCUACGUACGAAAUAUUUGAAACGCAGAAGAAACAGCAACGGUACCAACGAUUAUUAAGUCAGCAACUUGUGCAAAGAAGAUAAUAAUAAUAAUGUAGAAACGAAGAAACAGGAACAGCUUGCUGAGAGAACUCAAACAAUGCGAAAUAAUAUUAACUAUGUACAUUUUUUUUUUACUAUAUUUUUUUAUUGUUGUUUAUUUCCUCUUCUCCUCCGUUCAUGUAAUGCUAGUCCUAGUGAUUAUUUGUUUUUUGUAAUAAUUUUAUUUCUUACACACACACAC